AUGGAGUUUCUGGACACGACCGAGGAGCUUAGGGAGCAACUGAAGUUGAAAGAGCGCCUGUAUAUGAACGAGACCUUCCGCAUACUUGUCGAGACCGUCAAGGACUAUGCAAUUUUCAUGCUCGACCCGAAUGGCAAUGUUGCCACAUGGAACGCAGGUGCACAGGCGUUCAAAGGAUACCAACCGAGUGAGAUUAUAGGAAAACACUUCUCCCGGUUCUACAGCCAAGACGACCGCGACUCUGGGAAGCCCGAGAGAGAGCUACGGGAUGCACUGCGAGACGGUCGGGUAGAAGACGAAGGGUGGCGCUACCGCAAAGAUGGCACACGUUUUUGGGCAGACGUUAUUAUCACGCCUAUAUUCAAAGACGACACACUUUUAGGAUUCUCCAAGGUUACAAGAGAUUUGACGGAAAGGCGCAAGGCGGAGCAAAGUCUAAUAUCCGCCUACGAAGAAGCUUCUAAGCUGAAGUCUGAGUUCCUUGCCAACAUGUCACAUGAGAUAAGAACUCCAAUGCAUGGAAUGUUGUCAGCUCUGACACUGUUACUCGACACAAAGCUGGACGAGGAUCAGCUCGACCUCGCACACGUCAUCCAAGAAUCUGGCGAUGUCUUGCUUCAAGUCAUCAACGACAUACUGGACUACAGUAAGCUCGCAUCCGGAAGCUUCUCUGUCAGUCACGAUAUCAUUAGUGUCACCGACAUUGUACAGUCGGUUUUUCGCGCACAUCUCAAGCUUUACAAGCCAGAAGUAAAGCUCGAAAUCUUGCUCGACCCGAGAUUACCGAAGUCAGCUGAGGGAGAUAGCCUCCGGUAUCGUCAGAUUAUCCAGAACUUCCUUAGCAACGCCACCAAAUUCACCGAAGAAGGCUACGUCCGCAUCGUUGCGAAGCUGCAUAAAGAAGAAGAUGAUCACUUCAUCAUAAUGUCCGAGGUCAUCGAUACAGGCAUUGGUGUUCCGCAAGACUCUUCCGACAAACUAUUUACCCCAUUUCUACAAUUCGACAACUCUACCACCAAAAGAUUCAAAGGCACAGGGCUGGGGCUGAGUAUAUGUAAAAGCCUUGCUGAGCUCAUGGGUGGGAGUAUUGGCUAUUUCCCGAAUCCCGAAGGCCGCGGCAGUGUCUUCUGGUUCACCGCCAAGCUGAAGAAGUGCAAGCAAACGAGCGUCAUUGAUCUCGCUGAAGGACUGGAGGCCCUGAAAACUUCCACGGCUUCACUGGUUGAUCCCAUGCAGCAAAUGAAAGAAGCUGCUGUUGGAAAGCGAAUACUCCUCGCCGAGGAUAACUUCAUUAAUCGCAAAGUGAUGCUGCGCAUGUUGGAGGGACUUGGAUUUGGAAGUCUCGACACUGCGAAGGACGGAAAGGAAGCUGUUUCCAAGGCGGCUCAUGACCCAUCACCCUAUGACCUAAUACUCAUGGACGUCAACAUGCCUGUUCAAGAUGGCGUAUCAGCCACGAAAGAGCUUCGAGAAAAGGGCGUGGCGACACCGAUAGUAGCAAUGACUGCGAAUGCAUUGAAAGGGCAGGCUGAUACCUAUAUCGCAAAGGGUAUGAAUGGAUAUAUUGCAAAGCCGGUCGAUCGCAACUUGUUAAUCAAGCUUCUCAUCAAGUGCUUGAAGCAAGAUGGCGAAGGGUGA